UUGUGUGUCAAGCUGUUUGUCGGAGUUUAAAUGAACAAAUGCAUGGCUGUGCCAUAGAAAGGACUACACUGAGCUGAUAUCCUGCUAGCUAUCUUAUUACAACCUUUUGGAUUUGUAAACUCCUUGUAAGAAGGAGCAACAGACAUAUUUGUGAUGUAGGGAUUCUGAUAAAGAACAGAAGAAACAAAGAUACAUUUAUGCAACUUUAGUGCUGUGAAGAAACAAAAAACAACCAAACAUUGAGGGAGAAAACCUGCACAGCUAUCAGCAUGAGUUCUGACAAUGAAGUUAGCAUAUCAAACAGUGUGGUGAAUGGAGUAACACCCAGCUACAACAUGCAGGAUAAAGCAGCAGAUGGGUCUUCAGUGAGUUCUCGCUCACUUUCAGCUAUUCAUAUCAUUCAAGUGAAGGCAGUGCAAAGUUUUCCUGAUUUUGUGCCACUUCCAGAUGUGGAUUCUGCAAAAGUAUGCACAGGAAAGGGAGCCGUGACCCUCCGACCAUUCACACAACAAAGGGAAAUACAGAAAAGCAGAUCUACCCUAGAUAUUGAGUUGACACCUUGCGACUUGCCAGCUGAAGGAGAGGCAGAUGACAGGCCUGCUUCAGUAGCUGAAUCUAAUGGGGAUUCUCAUCACUCUUCUCUGACUGCCAAAGGAUUCCGGAGUGUCCGCCCUAAUCUUCCUGCUGACAGCAAAAUUCAGAAAGUGGUCCCUCCUCCAAUCCCCCCUCCUCCCAAAGAGGAGAGCUUUGCAUGGCGCCCACAUACUAACACCAAACUGUCUUACUUGAAACCGGUGCCUAUCCUGGAUGGGCUUUACCUAAGCGCUCCAAAGCCUUACACACCGCAUGUUUCUAGCACACCACGCCACUCUACCAUGUGUACUCCCACUGCUAUCCAGUGCAUCUCUGGAGAUCACACAACCAUCCUGGGCUGUCCUAUGCACAGAGCAGAGCAUGCUGAUAGUUAUUUGCAAUCCAGCACAUCACCUAAACACCAGGCUAGUGAGUCUAGCAGUACAGAAAGAAGCGUUGCUGGAAUGAAUUUGAGUCAUGAGCCCAAAGCCGAUAAAAAGGUCAGCAGUCUAUAUGUAGCUUGUUUAUCUAACAACACUGGCUCAGCUGCAUCUGAAAAUCCUACCGGCGCUGCACAUGAUAAAACCGAGAGUGCUGAAUUGGGAUCUGAUGUAACUAAAUCACCAGCCACAAACAUUGUUCCUUCGAUAAUAGACACCGGAAAAUCCCCACCUCCCAUCCCUCCAAGGCCAUUCUUUGACCCUGUCCCAAGUAAAGAUUCUAUUAGCUGCAGUGAAAUAGAUACUUUCUGGAGUCAAUGCCCUCUACAUCAAGAUAUGGGACGCACAGAGCCAGAUAGACAGCAUCCUGCUGGCCGUGUCAACAUGACUGCAAAGGAGCCCUUCUUUCCAUCAAAGCAAAAACAAGCCCCCAGGGUACAGAGAUUCCGUGGCAUGGAUGCCACUUCAGUCACAGCUCAGCCUGAGGUUAUAGUAGUCCCACUCAUCCAGGUUAAAGUUGAAAGAGAGCAAGAAGGCACUUCGAGCACUCCACCACCACCUCUUGUACCCGCUGGCAAACUCUCAGCCUCCCCAGAACUUGUCACCUCUAACUUGGCUUUUCCGACACUUGAUGAUUUUAUUCCCCCUCAUCUGCAAAAGGGAUCACACGAUAGACCCAACUCUCCCAGUUAUUCUAUUCCAAACAAUCUACCACCUUGCUCUCCACCACCUUCACUGGUGCCAUCGGAAUACUCACACAGAGUCUCGAAACUUGAUAGCAGUGACGCCAUCUUACCCACAGAGCCUGUGUUUGACGAAGUUCCAGCUCACGUUGUAAACAAUGAUAAACCGUAUUCAUUUGUACCAACAAGCAAACACUCGGUGUACCCAUCCACUACCACAGUAAAUCCUACCAUAGUACUUUUGCAGCAUAAUCGUGAGCAGCAAAAACGUCUUAGUAGCUUGCCAGAUCCUGUGCUGGAUGGCUCUACCAAUGGAAAAACAGAGCCAGUAAUUGUGCCGGAGAGAAAGCGACUAGAGAAUAAUCCCCCUAUGCAGAGAGCAGCCAUGGACAGUACAAAGAGAGAAGCCCGUUCUCUUCAUUACACAGGAGAUAUGUCAGCAGAAGACAUAGGCAUUCCUCUCCGGAACACGGAGAGAUCAAAGGACUGGUACAAGACCAUGUUCAAGCAGAUCCAUAAGUUAAACAGAGAUUCUACUGAAGAAAACCCUUAUACUCCAACAUACACAUUUCCUGAACUACCUGAGGUCAAGCCUAAAACAGAAGAAUUCAAUCCCUACACUCCCACCUACCAGUUUCCUGUAUCUACUCCUAGCCCUAGCUCCGAAGAUGAUGAUUUGGAUUCCUAUCCAAACUAUGGGCGACACUCUUAUAUAGAAGAUGGAAAAUCACAGCCCUCAGUGCCACGUUCCAGGAGUGAGAUGGAUCAUAUCGACGUGGAGAAUAAUGUCCGCAGGUCUGUCACCUUACCUCUCCCAACCCGCACCUCCUCCCUCAAGCCAAGCCAUGAAAGGAAUGAUUGGGAUCCCCCAGACAAGAAGGUUGACACCAGAAAAUACCGUGCGGAGCCAAGAAGCAUUCAUGAGUACCAGCCUGGGAAAUCCUCAGCACUCGUCAAUGAGAAGAUGACUCGGGAUAAAAGCUCAGAAGAGAUAGAUUUAAAGAAUGAGCCUUGGUAUAAAUUCUUUUCCGAGUUGGAAUUUGGGAAACCGCCUCCAAAAAAGAUAUGGGAUUAUACUCCGGGGGAUUGCUCUAUCCUCAAAGUAGAGGAUAGGAAGACUGAGCUAGAAAAAGACCUCAAUCAGUACGAGUCUGAGUUAGAGGCAGAUUUAGAGAGAAUGGACAAGUUUUAUAAAGCCACUAAUAAAAGGAACGCAGCUGUGAGCCGCCCAGACGAUCUUCCAUCUUACUCUUAUACACCUAGUUACCAUUACGGCCAAGAGAUAGAGACUUCACCAGAGCCCCCACUGUCCGAGAAUGAGAGGCAGAUCUACAAGAAUGUGUUAGAAGGAGGAGACAUCCCAUUUCAGGGACUGAGCAACUUCAACAGACGUCCAUCCAGCUCUGCUUCCAAUAAAGAUUCUGAAUCUCCAAGACAUUUUACACCUCUUGAAUACAUGGAUCAUCCAGAAGAGUUAGUACGCAGGCGUUAUGACAGCAAAGAGAAACUUUUAGAGGAUCAGCGGAGACUUAAACGUGAGCAAGAAGAAGCUGAUAUUGCUGCUAGGAGGCACACUGGGAUUGUCUCAUCACACCACCAGUUUAUCACUAAUGAGCGGUUUGGAGACCUCCUCAAUAUAGACGAUUCAUCAAAGAGGAGAUCUCGGUCUGAGAUGACACAAGCCAGAGCAAAGUUUGAUUUCAAAGCACAGUCUCCAAAGGAGUUGUCACUCCAGAAAGGAGAUGUAGUUUACAUUUACAAACAAGUAGAUCAGAACUGGUUUGAAGGAGAACAUCAUGGAAGGAUGGGAAUCUUUCCUAUUUCAUAUAUUGAGAUGUUGCCACAAACUGAGAAAGUACAGCCACGGAAGGCUUCACCAGUGCAAGUUUUGGAAUACGGUGAUGCUGCUGCCAAGUUCAGCUUUAAUGGGGAUACAGCUGUGGAAAUGUCAUUUAAGAAGGGGGAAAGGAUAACACUGAUUCGCAGAGUGGAUGAAAACUGGUAUGAAGGGAAGAUAUCUGGUACCGGCCGCCAAGGUAUAUUUCCAAUAACAUAUGUAGAUGUACUCAAGAGGCCGCGUGUGAAGAACGCACCAGAUUACAUGGACCUUCCAUUAACAUAUUCACCAAACAGAAGCACAAGUGCGUCCCCACAGCCUUGCAGAUCUGAUGAUGAACAAACACUGACAUCUAAAAGUCCAGUAAUGCUUACAGACUCCCCGGUUAAUACCCUGAAAUCAAAUUCUGUUGUGCAGCCCCAGCAUAUACUGAGCACAGGACCAGAGCUCACAGAAUCUGAAAAGAGCUAUGUGCAACCUCAAGCACAGCAAAGAAGAGAAAGCAUAGAGAGGAGUCAGACGCCACAGGACACGUUUAGCUUUCAGGCCUUGUACAGCUACUUACCACAGAAUGAAGAUGAGUUGGAGCUCAGAGAUGGAGACAUUGUUGAUGUCAUGGAAAAAUGCGAUGACGGGUGGUUUGUAGGUACAUCAAGAAGAACAAAACUGUUUGGCACGUUCCCCGGCAAUUAUGUCAAGCCAUUGUAUUACUAAAGACGAUACAGCACGCAGCUACAGAAUUAUUAAGCUAUACUUAUAAAGAAACCGGCUUAUGGUAUUAUGCUAUGUGAAGGCAUUUGCUGAAUGUAUUCAUUAAGGUUCUACACAAACAAGGUUUACAUGUGUCAGUACUGUGUUCAACUCUAUAUUUCUAAUAUGAGACAAUGAAGAGUUAUUCCCGCUAGUCAAUCUGUUGUUACUAAGUUGCCUUAAUGUUCUGUUAUUUUAAUGAGGAGUCUUUCCUUUUCAUACCUAUUUUUGAAAGUGUACCUGUCUCCUGCAUACAGAGAAGCCAUUUGCUGAGCUGAAAUGAUACUAAUGGAAUAAUAGGUGGGAUGUGCUCUUGCCUGUUUCUGUUGAAUUGAAGAACCAAUGUUUGGUCACCCUAGGUCCAUCGCUACCACGCGGCAAGGUGAAAACCUGUCCUUAAACAUUGCCCUCCAGAGGCAACAAUGGGGCAGGCUUCUCACCUUACCUCCUGGUCCCUAAGUUUCUACCUAUUGCUGGGCACAAUGAGGAAUGCAGU